AUGUAUUGUCAAUGCCCAUCCCCACACUUGUUCUACUUCCAUCCCUCGCAUUUGUCCUACUCCCCACCCCCACCCUUGUCCUACUCCCCACCCCCACCCUUGUCCUACUCCCCACCCCCACACUUGUCCUACUCCCCACCCUCACACUUGUCCUACUCCCCACCCCCACCCUUGUCCUACUCCCCACCCUCACACUUGUCCUACUCCCCACCCCCACCCUUGUCCUACUCCCCACCCUCACACUUGUCCUACUCCCCACCCCCACCCUUGUCCUACUCCCCACCCCCACCCUUGUCCUACUCCCCACCCCCACACUUGUCCUACUCCCCACCCUCACACUUGUCCUACUCCCCACCCCCACCCUUGUCCUACUCCCCACCCCCACCCUUGUCCUACUCCCCACCCUCACACUUGCCCUACUCCCCACCCUCACACUUGUCCUACUCCCCACCCCCACACUUGCCUUACUCCCCACCCUCACACUUGUCCUGCUCCCCACCCUCACACUUGUCCUACUCCCCACCCCCACACUUGCCCUACUCCCCACCCUCACACUUGUCCUGCUCCCCACCCCCGCACUUGCCCUACUCCCCACCCUCACACUUGUCCUGCUCCCCACCCCCGCACUUGCCCUACUCCCCACCCUCACACUUGCCCUACUCCCCACCCCCGCACUUGCCCUACUCCCCACCCCCACACUUGUCCUACUCCCCACCCCCGCACUUGCCCUACUCCCCACCCUCACACUUGCCCUACUCCCCACCCCCGCACUUGCCCUACUCCCCACCCUCACACUUGCCGUACUCACGAUGUAUCGGUGGUUUCCACACAAGCCUUUGCCCUUCACAAUUACGGAGCUGCUUAUCAUAA